CAGGCUGGCCAGCCAUGCUGAGGGCGCGCGGGGCCCGCCUGGGCUCCUGGCUGCUGCGGGCCGAGCUGGGCCUGGGGCCGGGGCCGGGGCGGGCGGCGUCGGGGGCGCGCGGGGAGGGCUGGCUGCAGCCUGCGGGCUACGACACCGGCGUCAAGGUGUACAACAGCCUCACCCGGAGGAAAGACCCCUUGAUCGUGAGCAGCGUGGACGCCGCCUCCUGGUACAGCUGUGGACCGACCGUCUAUGAUCACGCACACCUGGGUCAUGCUUGCUCAUAUGUUAGAUUCGAUAUAAUUCGGAGGAUCCUAACCAGGGUUUUUGGGUGCAACGUCAUCAUGGUGAUGGGAAUUACAGACGUGGACGAUAAAAUAAUCAAAAGAGCCAAUGAGAUGAACGUGUCACCCGCCUCCCUGGCCAAUCUUUAUGAGGAAGACUUUAAACAGGACAUGGCAGCCUUGAAGGUUCUCCCGCCCACCGUGCACCUGAGGGUCACUGAAAACAUUCCUCAGAUAAUCGCUUUCAUCGAGAGAAUCAUUGGUAACGGGCACGCUUACUCCACCGUGAAAGGCAACGUCUACUUCGACCUGCAGUCGAGAGGCGACAAGUACGGCAGGCUGGUCGGCGUGGCCCCCGGUCCCAUGGGAGAGCCAGCUGACUCUGACAAGCGGCACGCCAGUGACUUCGCGCUGUGGAAGGCGGCCAAGCCCCGGGAGCCGUCCUGGGCCUCCCCUUGGGGAGACGGCAGGCCUGGCUGGCACAUCGAAUGUUCCACCAUCGCCAGUUUGGUGUUUGGAAGUCGGCUGGACAUCCACUCGGGUGGCAUAGAUCUAGCGUUUCCACACCACGAGAACGAAAUCGCACAGUGUGAGGCCUUUCACCAGUGCCAGCAGUGGGGGAACUAUUUCCUACAUUCUGGGCAUUUGCACAUGAAGGGCAAAGAAGAGAAGAUGUCCAAAUCACUGAAGAACUACAUCACGAUUAAGAAUCCAGCGGCGGGUCCGAGCCCUGCACGUCGUGUCAGACGCGCAACGGCACAGGCUCGUGGGGUGGACCCCCCAGCCCCCCAUGACUGCUGGGGCGGCGGGUCCAGGUGGCGGUUGGAGGGGAGAGGCCCUUGUCCCACGGGCUCCGUCGCCCCUGCAGGACUUCCUCAGCACGGCCUCCCCGGACGUCUUCCGGCUCUUCUGCCUGCGGAGCAGCUACAGGUCAGCCAUCGACUACAGCGACGGCUCCAUGCUCGAGGCCAGGCGCCUGCUCCACGCCGCAGCGGCCUUCGCGGAGGAUGCUCGGGCCUACAUGAGGGGGCAGCUGGCGGGCGGCCCCGUCCAGGAGGCCGUGCUGUGGGAGAGGCUGGGCCACACCAAGGGGGCUGUGCAGGCGGCCUUGGCAGACGACUUCAACACACCGGAUGCUGUGGACGCCGUCAUGGACCUCGUUCACCACGGGAACAGACAGCUGAAGGCGGCCGCCGAGGAGCCCAGCGGUCCCCGGAGCCCCGCCGUGUUGGGCGCCAUCGUGUCCUACGUGGAGCAGUUCUUUGAGACGGUGGGGAUUUCUCUGGCGGAGCGACAGGCGGAUUCUUAACCACUGCGCCACCAGGGAGGUCCCCAGAGCUCGUCUUUAUUCACUGAAAUGACAAGGUUCUGAGCAGAACCAGUGUCCACCGCAGCGGCACAGGGACUGGCGUGUCAUGGGCUCUGUGCACACGUGUCUCCUGUAAAGAACCUCAACGUGUACACGACAGUCAGGCUGCAGUGGGCACGCUUCCCCAGUGCCGUCUGAGCUGCCGGCCUGGCCCCACCCCCCAGGUCUGGAACAUCCUCGGCCAUCCAUGGCCUUCCUGCCCUGACACCCCGGCACCUCAGGAACUCGGCAGGUGUGAGGCCAUCCUCUGGGGCGCGAGUCCUGUCUGUCUGGUGCCUGGGACGUCCACCGUGACCCCAUCGUCCGGGGGGCGGGGAGGGCUGCCCCGCUGGGUUACUUUUCCUGCAGGCGCCAGAGACCCUUCCUUCCCAGGCUUCCCUUCCCUUCCUCACACCAGUGUGGACUCGGGGUCCUCCCUUCAGUGCUUAAAUCCAUCAGUGUCCUCCUCUGACUUCUGGUUGUGGGGGCUUGGAGCUGGCUGCUGUGCUCCCACACGGCGCCCCUCGCCCCUGGUACGCUCCCAGCCCAUCCGGUACCCUGUGCCCCAGGCGGGAGUCCGCCGUUUCUCCCAGGAGCCUGGCUGCUCUCAGUGGGGAGGGUCUGGGCACUGGGUGUGCGCCCUACGCUAGGCCGCUGCAGCUGCUCUGGCCCUAGGUGGGCAGAGCCCCCAGGAUCCCGGGUUACCCCGCCAUCAGCUGGGACCCCGGGGUUACCCCUGACACCUCAACUCCGGUUCCCAACAAAGCCUCGUGCCACCCCCUCCCCUCCAGGCUCCCACUCCCAGUGUUUACUCACCUGUCGCUCCCCCCGUGUGCCUGUCUCCCCGCGGCCACCGCCUCUCCCCUCACUGGAGCGCAGACCCCCCCACCCCUGCCUGGACCACCCCUCACCCCCCAGCAGGCUGCCCUCUGCAGGGAAGCGUCCUUGUCUGACGCCCCAGGCCAGGGCCCCUCCUCCUUCCGGGGGGCCCACGUUGCUCUGCCUCAGCUAACAGUGUCAGGACUGUUCUGGAUGGGAAGGGAAAGGCCAUAGUUGCCACUUUUUAAGACACCCUGCGAACAGGCUGUUAACAGGGAAAGUCUGGACUGCAGCCGGGAGUGGUGCCCUGCCAGGCUUCUUUACGGCCCUACCGGGCUCACCUGCUAGGGGGGGCUUGGGCACAGCCCACCACCCGUGCCAGGGGCCCUGCCAGGUGAGGCCUGGCACCUGGCCACCCUGCGCCGUGAGCAGGGAUGUCUCCUAGGACCGUCCCCGCCUUGAGUGUCUCUGGCCUUAACACAAAAGCGCACGCGUCUCUGUGAUGAUUUCUGAGUUUGGUUUAUCGAGAGGCACCAGUUACCUGGUGGACUGAGGCCUUUCCCGGGUGGUCCAGAGCCUGCUGGUGGUUCACAGUAAUCCAAGGGGGACCAGGUCUCUGCCGCACCUGCCGGGUCAGAAAGCCGUCCUCCUCUUCCCCCCCGAGCCUGGUGGGCUCACGUUUCUGUAAGGAGGACUGUCUUCUACUGUGGGAGCAGUGACUGAGGAUCCUGUGAGGUUUAAGGAGUUGGGCCCCGAAGCUGUCCACUGGGCCCCUCCGCCGUGUGGGGGAGGACACCUGGCAACUCGGAGCAGCUCCAGGCCCACCUGAGCCCCGGAGCUCCCACAGCCGGGCACCCAGGCUGCAGGGGGAGAGCGCG